GAUUCCAAAAUACCGAACGACCAGGUCAGGUCAAUAGAGCUGACCUGAAACCAAACGUGGCAUUUGGCGGGCAAAUUCAUAUUUAUCCCCAAAUUUUCAGACAAAUUCAAAAUUCAUUCAAAAAUUCCCCCUUUUUUUAUUUAUUUUAUUAUUUAACUUUUAGCUCCAGAUCUACCCGCCCUUUUCCAAAAGAAUUUUCCCGCAAAAAAUUCAGCAGUUUCAAUUUCCAGUAUAUCUAUCAAACAAUGGCCUAACCCACCACACCACACCACGAUUUUUCUAUCACAAAGAAAACCUAUUCAUGGCGGCCGUGGAAGAAACCCUAGUUGAGCAGAAACACGAGAAGGUAACAAUGGAGAAAGAGGAAAUGGAAGUAGACAAGGAAGAAGUUGUGAUGAGGGGAGAAGAAGAUGGAGGUGUAGGGAAAGAGGAGGAAGCGAAAAGUGAUGAUGCAAUUUCGCCGAAAACACCCGGUUCAAGGCCGACGAGGGAAAGGAAAACAGUGGAGAGGUAUUUUGAAUCUUUGGUUGCUAGAGGUUCUGCUACCAAACCCUUGUCCAUUGAGAAGGGUCAAGGUACACAGCUGAAGGACAUCCCAAAUGUGGCAUAUAUGCUGUCCAAGAGAAAACCUGAUGACAACCUGCAGACACUUCAUAGUAUUCUUUUUGGCAAGAAGACAAAGGCGCAUAGUUUGAAGAAAAACAUAGGGCAGUUUUCUGGAUAUGUUUGGAUUGAAAAUGAGGAAAAACAGAGGGCAAAAAUCAAAGAGAAGCUUGACAAGUGUGUCAAAGAAAAGCUACUGGUCUUUUGUGAUAUACUCAAUAUCCCAGUUAGUAGAUCUGCAUCAAAGAAGGAUGAGCUCUCUGUCAAGUUAUUGGACUUCCUGGAAUCUCCUCAUAGUACGACUGAAUCUUUGCUUGCUGAAAAGGAACAGAAGAGUAAGAAGCGAAAAUUGAAGGGAAAAACAUCCAAAAGGAAAGGUUCUGCAGACAAAGCUUCAGGAAAGUCAGCAAAGAAGCACAAGAAAUCUGAAGGGGAGAAGCGCAAUCAGUCACCGGAAAUAGAGGAAGACAAAACUGAUGAUGAACCAUCUAGUACUAGAGAUGAAUCUGCCGAUGACAAUGAUGAUGAGGAAGCCAAUGAAGUAGGAAGUGACCGAGAAGAGAGUGGUUCAGAGAAUGAGGAAGAGGAGGAGAAACCAAAGAAAAAGAAGUCCAAUGGUAAUGUUUCUUCAAAGGAGGAUUCAGAGAGUGGUUCAGAGGAAGAGGAAGAGAAACCAAAGAAAAAGAGGUCCAAUGGGAAUGUUUCUUCAAAGAAGGAUUCUGGAAACAAAGUUACAGAGAAACCCAAGGCUGUGAAAAAGGUUAACCCUAAGAUCUCUUCAAGUACUGCUUCCAAAAGAGGAGCUUCUGAUGCUGAUUCACUAGUUACACCUAAGAAACAAAAAGCUGAAAAGAAAAGUCAAAAAGAAAAUGAGGCAGUGCAGGAAAAUGGUUCAAACAAGAAAAAUUCUACCAAGUCUGUUGCUAAGGUUUCUGAAAAGGGAGGAAAAGAAAAAAGUGGCAAGAAGGCCAAGGUAGAGCCCAGCAAUGAAGAAAUUCAUGCAGCAGCUGAAAAUAUCCUGAAAGAAGUGGAUUUUAACUCUGCAACUUUAUCUGAUAUCAUUCGAACACUAGGAAACCAUUUUGGUGUUGAUCUGAUGCAUAGGAAAGCGGAGUUGAAGGCUAUUAUCACUGAUGUAAUAAAUAACAUGAGUGAUGAGGAAGAUGGUGAUGACUCUGAAGCUGAGAAAGAUGAAAAUAAUGAAGGCGGUGACCCUGAGGCUGAGAAUGAUGAAAAAAAUGAGGGUGAUGAUCCUGAGACUGAGAAUGAUGAAGAAAAAAUUGAAGGUGAUGACCCUGAGGCUGAGUGCGAUGAAGACAAAAAUGAAGUUGAUGAUAGUGAUGCUUAGUUUACGAGUCAAGUAGAAGGAUAGGUAUUAGGUGCUAUACUUCCUGUUAGUUGUAUCUUUAGCUGGAUAUAAAAGAUGGUGACCCAGUGGGUUCGUUUGUAAGGCAUUUGUUGUCUUUGGUUGUUUUAUAGAUUUAACCUUUGCAUAGUUGCAUUUCUUUUAAAACUCUACCCUCUGAUGCCCAAAAUUAUAGUUCAGUUUCUUGUUUUAUGCGUUGUUUAUGUAAACUAUCCAAGUUGACAUUUGGUCAGAUGUAAGGUGUGGCUAUAAUUGUGUAUUUAGUUGAGUCUUGAACAUAAUUAUGAAAAGCCUCAAAAGUAUGGUAUGAGGGUUUAUUAUCGUUGCUGCA